AGAUCGUUUUAUGUUUACUGAAAGUGCAUACACACAGCUGAUGUUCUCUGUUUUAAAGAGGAAUGCUGUAAUUUCCUACUUUCAUUGUGCGCUGCGAAUGCACCUGAAGAGGAGAAGGCUACUUAUUAGUUAGCUGGAGAACGGGUCGGUAAUGAUGCAAUUAGCUCUCAGUAAAACAUUUGGCCAGAAGCCGGUUAAAUUUCAGCUGGAACAGGAUGGAGAUUUUUACAUGGUGGGAUCAGAGGUUGGGAACUACCUCCGGAUGUUCAGAGGGUCACUCUAUAAAAGAUAUCCGUCCUUGUGGAGGAGGCUCGCCUCUGUGGAGGAAAGAAAGAAAAUCGUGGCAUCCUCGCAUGCCACCAGUGUGACUCUGUUAAAGGCUUCAGAGUGUGAAGAGAUCUUCGAAGGUAAUGAUGAGAAAUACAAGGCGGUGUCCAUCAGCACGGAGCCUCCAGCUUACCUCAGGGAGCAGAAGGCAAAGCGGAGCAGUCAGUGGGUUCCUACGUUACCCAGCAGCUCCCACCAUCUGGACGCCGUGCCUUCCUCCACCACCAUCAACCGCAACCGAAUGGGCCGCGACAAGAAGAGGACGUUCCCCCUGUGCUUUGAUGACCAUGACCCUGCAGUGAUCCACGAAAACGCAGCUCAGAUGGAAGCGCUGGUUCCCAUUCGCCUGGACAUGGAGAUAGACGGGCAGAAGCUGCGAGAUGCCUUCACGUGGAACAUGAAUGAGAAACUGAUGACCCCAGAAAUGUUUGCAGAGAUAUUGUGUGAUGACUUGGACCUCAACCCUCUGGCGUUCGUCCCAGCCAUCGCCUCAGCCAUUCGUCAGCAGAUCGAGUCUUACCCCACUGAUAGCAUACUGGAAGGCCAGGCGGAUCAGAGAGUCAUCAUCAAGCUGAACAUCCAUGUGGGGAACAUCUCUCUGGUGGACCAGUUUGAGUGGGACAUGUCAGAGAGGGAGAACUCCCCGGAGUCAUUUGCCCUGAAGCUUUGCUCUGAACUGGGUCUGGGGGGAGAGUUUGUCACCACCAUCGCCUACAGCAUCCGCGGUCAGCUGAGCUGGCACCAGCGAACGUACGCGUUCAGCGAGAACCCCCUCCCCACGGUAGAGAUCGCCAUCCGCAACACCGGUGAUGCAGACCAGUGGUGCCCCCUGCUGGAGACACUCACAGACGCUGAAAUGGAGAAGAAGAUCCGAGACCAGGACAGGAACACCAGGCGUAUGAGACGACUGGCCAACACCGCUCCUUCCUGGUAGGAAGAGACGAGAAGCUGCCAGGAAAAGUUUGCUGGAGAUUCCUGUCCUGUUCAUGUAGUUACAGCCACCUUAGGAUGUCCUGAAAGACAAAGAUGCUGGACAAGCAUGAACUCCGUCUCCAUGGACAGCUCACUGACUGAACACAGCACACACAUUCCUGCAGUCCAUCACCCCCAGACUGACACUAUUUACUCAACAUUUUCUGACCAUUUAUUUUCUUAAAAGUUUCAACUAUGGCUUAAUACACUUGAUCCCACAUGAAAACACACACACACAGUAAUUAUGUAGCAUGUCCUGUAAGCUAAGCCAGCACGGUGUGGUCCCCCAGGUCUUCAGGAUGACACAGAUGAUCCAUCUGCAUCCAGCACUGUCAGCACCCUCAGCAGGAUGGAGGGAGAUGGAGGCGUUCACACACUCAGUCAAAACUUAAACACAGUUAAAACUGAACUAUUUGAAAAAUACCAAACUGCCAGAUGAUAAAUAAUAAAGUGUUUUUUUGUACUUAA